CAACUUGCUAACCUGCGCCUUUAUAAACCUCCCCAACACAAAUUUUAUGCAUCACAAAAACCCAAAAUUUCUUCCGUCUUUCCAGAUAUUUUGUAGUCUUGUGGGUUUAAAACAGUGAAAAGAACAGACACUGAAUUGCAGGGCAGCAUAGACUUGAUCAAAUUUGAUGGGUAUGCUGGUGCUGUUGUUGCUAACUUGCGCGGCGCUUCCCUUUUCUUCAUCAGAUCCAAACGACGAGGUCUGCUUAACCCAGUUGAGUCAAUCCCUCAAAGACCCACUAAAUAAUCUCCAUAACUGGACCAAAUUCAACUUCGCUAAUGCCUGCAACGGAUUCACCUCCUACUUACCCGGCGCCACCUGCAACAAUGGUCGCAUCUACAAGCUUUCCCUUAUUAGUCUUUCUCUCCAGGGCACCAUCUCUCCUUUCCUCUCUAAUUGUACCAAUCUCCAGUCCCUGGACCUCUCCUCCAACUCAAUCUCGGGACCCAUCCCCCCAGAUUUGCAAUCCUUGGUCAACCUGGCGGUUUUGAAUCUCUCCUCCAAUCGGCUCGACGGGGAGAUCCCUCCACAGCUCGCAUUCUGUGCUUACCUAAACGUCAUUGAUCUUCACGACAAUUUGCUUUCCGGGCAGAUUCCUCCGCAGUUGGGUCUCCUCGUACGGCUGUCUGCUUUUGAUGUUUCGUUUAAUAAGCUUUCUGGGCCCAUUCCUUCUUCUCUGGGUAACAGAAGUGGGAAUUUCCCGAGAUUCAAUGCCACCUCUUUUCAAGGUAAUAAGGAUCUUUAUGGGUACCCUUUGCCUCCUAUGAAGCCCAAAGGAUUAUCGGUUUUGGCCAUUGUUGGGAUCGGACUCGGAAGUGGGUUCGCCAGUUUGGUGCUCAGUUUCACCGGAGUGUGUAUAUGGUUGAAGAUUACGGAGCAGAAGAUGGCUGCUGAAGAAGGAAAGAUUAGUCAGCUUAUGCCUGAUUAUUGAGCUAAUUAACAUAAGAUCCAGGUUUAAUCAGCUCAAAUACAAGGUUUGAGUUUUUUAGGAAAUUGGAACGAGUCGCGUGGCCUCAGCCUUUACUACCCCUUACUUGCACUUGUUCCCUCUUUACUCUUGCUGUCACCACCACUCACCAGAGUUGUACAGAAAAGAGUGUUUGUGUGACAUGUCGAGCCAACUAGAGGUUAACCAUUACAUGUAGGGGUAAUUUGAGGUUUUAGCUAACUGAUAGUGAUAAGUUGUUCUUAACAAUUAAAUUAAAUUGUGCAUAGUUCU